AUGGAAUUGACCAUUAAUACGAGUAGGUUCACCGAUUACUUGCAUUUGCACAAGAAAUCAAGUAGAAACCGUGGUUCAAUAAUGAAACGUUUGAGAGCUAAACGCAAAAACGCAAUUAUAGGAUUCAACAAGUGGUUUGAAAAAGAACAUGAUUAUUGUUUACCAAUCAAAAAAAGAAGUGAUUAUGAUCAGAAGAGUAAUACCUCCAAAGAAGAUGAUGAAGACUUUGAUGCAAUUAAUAAAUCAUUAAUAUUAGAUUCUAUAUCAUCCAAUGUUUCAAAAACAAUAACAAACCUAGAGAAAAUAAAUGUAAAUAACGAGUUAUCUAGUUGUAGCUUAUAUGCUAUCGAUGUUACAACAGAAUUAUUAAAAGAUGCAUUAUUAGAAAAUCAAAAAAAUUAUGUACACUCAACAAACAUAUCAAAAGAUAGUAUUAACUCUUCCGAUGAUUAUGUAUCUAAUAUUUUAAAUAAUUGCAACCAAAGUGAUAUUACUCCAAGAGAAUGUACACCACCAAAAGUAUUUUCACCCAUGGAUAUUGACGAUGACAUGAUAAAAUUGUUCCCAACUUUAGAUUUUUCUACAGAACACAAUCUAAACGAAAAACUAGAACACAAUAAGUAUAAGGAAAAUAAAAUUGAAACUGAAACACCUAAACACACGGAUGAAACAACAACUGAGAAGAUAGUUUUGCUCAAUAAAUCAUUUGAUGAUACUGUUUCUCAACCUUUACAGCCAGAAAAAGUUGUAAAAAGUGACUGUAAGGUUAAAUCCAAACUAACUCACAAUGUACAGAAUAUAUCAGCUGGCAAGCCAACCAAUGUGACGCACCUUCAACGGCUUCAACUACCAUCCGAACAAUAUAUAAGUAUAUUUAAUCGAUAUCAGAACAAGUCCAAAGAACAAUUUUUUGAACAGUUCGAAAAUCCAGGACCCUUACUAUUGAGAGAUCUUCUUUGCGGUUCAAAACCUAAAACUAUUAUUAGUCCUUACACCCAUAGGUAUUUAAAACCAUACAUAUUCAGAGAUUUGGUGACUAAGCCGCUAUGGCUAAAAAUGUUGAAUGAAUUAAAAGAACAUUUUAGACUGAAAAAUGGAUUGCCUAAAACUAAAGAAAUUCAAUCAAUUGACUACAGUUAUGUUCGUGCAAAACAUAUAAAUUCAGUGAAUGCAUUGGCAAGACAAUUUUUCUGGCCUGGAAUUGAUUUGACUGAAAGUCUAUUGUAUCCAGAUUUCAGUGUUAUUGCAUUAUACAAAAACUUGAUAAUUGGUUUUGGUUUCAUGGUUCCAGACAUAAGUACAAAUGAAAAUUAUAUAACUUUUUUGUUCACUCGUCCUCAUUGGACUAAUUGUGGUAUUGCUAAAUUUAUGAUAUACCAUUUAAUUCAGACUUGCAUGACCAGAGAUAUAACUUUACAUGUUUCCGUGAAUAAUCCAGCUAUGAUUCUUUAUCAAAAGUUUGGAUUCAAAAUUGAAGAAUUUGUCCAAAAUUUUUAUGAAAAUUAUAUUCCUGCAGAUUCAGAAAUGUCUAAACAUGCCUUUUUUAUCCGUCUACGCAGUACUUUAAACGCCAAAAUUAACUAA